UUUAAAAAAUAAAAUAAAGCGUGGUAUCAUCCCCCUCUCUCUCUGCCCUUGCGAAGAGAAACCUCCAACAUCAUCUUUGUGAGUAGCAAGCAAGUAAGCAAGAAGGAAGAAAUGGGAGGCAGAGGGCGGUCGAGAAGAACUCAAAGAAAGCAUUUUCGUGAUGGCAGGGAAAACGUUUGGAAAAACAACAACGACAAAUCGGAGCCUCAACAACAAAAUAAAGAGAACAACAACUGGCAGCCCUUCGUUGCUGAGAACGCCGCCUUUAAUGAGUACUAUAAGGAGCAAGGGAUUGUGCGUCCGGAGGAGUGGGACGCUUUCAUGGAGUGUUUGAGGAACCCACUUCCUUCUGCUUUCAGGAUCAAUUCCAGUAGCCAGUUCUCUAUGGAUCUCAAAUCGCAGUUACAGGAUGAAUUUUCCAAAUCUCUUCAAAUCGCAGGUGAAGCUGAGGGCAUAAAGUCAUUGCCUUGGUAUCCUGAUAACUUUGCUUGGCAGUCAAGUUUUUCAAGAAUGCAACUCAGAAAGAACAAGAGUCUUGAGAGGUUUCAUGAGUUCCUAAAGCAAGAAAAUGAAAUUGGAAACAUUACCAGACAGGAGGCUGUUAGCAUGGUACCUCCACUGUUCUUGGAUGUACAUCGAGAUCAUUUUGUUAUUGACUUGUGUGCAGCUCCAGGCUCAAAAACGUUUCAACUACUUGAAAUGAUACACCAGGCAUCGGACGUGGGAUCUUUACCAAGUGGAAUGGUUGUAGCAAACGAUGUUGAUGUACAACGAUGCAAUCUUCUUAUUCAUCAAACAAAAAGAAUGUGCACUGCCAACUUGGUUGUGACUAACCAUGAAGCUCAACAUUUUCCAAGUUGUCACAUGAAGAAGAAUCAUGAGAAUGUCUCUGAGUUGGGUAUGACUCAGCUGUUAUUUGACCGUGUCCUGUGUGAUGUUCCAUGCAGUGGAGAUGGUACUCUUCGCAAAGCUCCCGAUAUCUGGAGAAAAUGGAGUGUGGGGAUGGCUAAUGGUGUUCAUUGUCUACAACUUCAGAUAGCCAUGCGAGGUUUGGCAUUGCUCAGAAGUGGUGGAAGAAUGGUUUACUCAACAUGCUCUAUGAAUCCUGUGGAAAAUGAGGCUGUAGUGUCUGAGAUUCUGAGGAGGUGUGGAGGCUCCGUUGAGCUUGUUGAUGUAUCUACCGAGCUCCCUCAGCUUAUUCGCAGGCCCGGUCUCAAAAGUUGGAAGGUUCGAGACAAAGGUGUGUGGUUAGCUUCUCAUAAAGAUGCUUGCAAACAUGGAAGAAGUGGGAUUGUUCCCAGCAUGUUUCCUUCUGGGCAAGCCCAUUUAGACACAUCUGAUGAUACCAAUGAGAACCCAGGUGCAGAGAUAAUUGAAGAUGGGAAUUCUAACAACGGGGAUGUUGAUGUUUUGGUGCCUGAAGUUUCAUCACUUCCAUUAGAGCGUUGCAUGCGUUUCGUGCCUCAUGACCAAAACACCGGAGCUUUUUUUGUUGCUGUUUUCCACAAGAUUUCUCAAUUACCAGUCUUACAAACAAAGUCAAACAAACAUUCGCGAGAACGGGAUUCUGAUAGUGAUGAAAAAGUGAAACAAGGAGAAGAUAAAGAUGUUAAUGAAACGGAUGUGAGUAAUGCUGAUGCAGGUGUACUCGAUGAAAAAGCGAAACAAGGAGAAGAUAAAGAUGUUAAUGAAGAGGCAAUAGCUGAUGCUGGUGUACCCGUCAAAGAGUCUGAUGAAGAGUUGUUGGACUGUAAUCCAAGUAAAAAGCUUAGAGUUGAGAGUCCAAAUAAACCAAAAUCUCGUGCAGAGAAGGCCAAUGAUAAGAGAAAGUUGCAGAUUCAAGGCAAGUGGUUUGGAGUUGACCCUGUUGUUUUCUUCGAAGAUGAUGCUAUUCUCACUGGUAUCAAGGAGUUCUAUGGCAUCAAAGAAUCUUUUCCGUUUAACCAUCACCUUAUUACACGAAAUAGUGAUACCAAUCAUGUGAAGAGAAUUUACUAUAUUUCGGAAUCUGUCAAGAACGUUGUGGAACUCAACUUCCUAGCUGGAGAGCAACUCAAAAUAACUUCCAUCGGUCUCAAGAUGUUUGAAAGGCAAACAUCUAGAGAAGGCGUUUCCACAGCUUGUGUGUUCAGAAUAUCUUCAGAAGGUUUGCCAUUGCUUCUUCCACAUAUGACCAAACAGAUAGCUUGUGCAUCACCUGCGGAUUUCAAGCAUUUAUUGCAAUACAAAUCCAUCAAAUUUCCAGAUUUAGUUGAUGAUGGAUUUCGUGAAAAGGUUUCCACGCUUUCUUUGGGCUGUUGUGUGGUGGUUCUCAACAAAGAUAAUGAAGGCUCAUCUGAUCCGCCUGUGGUGGAUAGAUCAACGAUUGCCAUUGGUUGCUGGAAAGGGCGUUCUAGUUUAUCAGUGAUGGUGACAGCUAUCGACUGUCAGGAAAUGUUGGAAAGGUUACUGGUUCGGUUUGAGACCAAAAGCGGAUCUUCAGACAUUAACUGCGAGGAGGCAGCAAAUGUUGAUGAUGCGCAAGUGAAGGAUGUUUCUGAAACCGUAACGACAUCAGAUGAUGUUGAAGUAAACAAAGAAUAGGCAUUCACAACUACUGGAUUUUGUACUCUGAUUGAAAUGGAAUCAUGAUACAUGGGAAAAAAGUAGGACAUUGAAUUUGGAGGGGCUUUCUGAUUGUUGUACCCGGAAAACAAUACUUUGUGACUUGUUCUAUUUACCUUGCUUUUCUUGCACUAUUAGCCUUUUAUCAUAUA